AUGGUAGUGGUGGUAGUAGGAGAGCCAGAUAAUGAUGCAGAACAUGACUUGUAUACUCUUGUCACAGGGAUUUGUGUCAUCUUUCUUGGUGUGGUUGGGUUGUUCCUGAACUCAAACACUCUAGCCUUCUUCCUCAAAUACAACCACAGAGGAGAGGCCCACCGUAAGAGGUUCAAGACAGUUCUAGUUAACAUGAGUGUUGUUGACAUCCUCCUCUCCCUAGCUGCUGCUACUAUCAGAGGACCUGGCUUCAUCUGGCCAAGUGUUAUCUACGGUGAGGCUACUUCGUCUGAUGUGGGUACUGUAAGGUGCAAAGUCCUCAGUAUCAUCUCCUCCUGGCUCCUCAGUGAUCUGAACAUGUUGGCUAUCAUACCUAUAUCCUGCAUCUGUGUCUUCCUCCCUACUAACAGAGUGUUGAGAGUGAUCAUUGCUAUCUGCUGGGUCCUCCCUAUCAUAGAGGCAAUACUUCUUAUUGUAGGGAUAGAGGAGCACUACCUCGACUCUAGAUACACUGACACGUACCGUAAGUGUUCUAUCCACAAUGCUGCAGAAACCUCUUUUAACUGGGAAGGACUGGUUGAUUACUUCAACAUGGUCAUCUUCAGCAUCCUGCCUCUCUUCAUCCACUCUGGUAUCUGGAUCUCUCUCUGCUGUAAGGAACCUCGUAUGUCACGUGGUAAGCGUCUUUCUGGAGCACUGGUUGUAACUACUGCUCUGGUAACCUGGUUACCUUAUGGGAUCAUCUACGGUAUCUUAAGAUACACUCCCUCUGGACCCAAAGCACUUGUGUACAUAUUCUUCUACCUUUCUAUCGUUACUAAUCCUAUAAUCUACGGGUUCCUGAUGUACAAAUGUGAUAUUUUCCGGGAAGGUUGCUCAGAUUGCUGCUGUGGUGAAGAUUCUGAUGCUCAGCCGAGUUAUUCAGAGCCAGCUAGAGUUGUGGAGCCUAAAUCGUUCACUGAUAUCGUCAGUGGCACUACCACCAUGACAGACUCAGUAACUAGAGACGGAGGUCUUCCUCAGUUCCAGGAUAGAGUGGCUAUUGUGGGGAACUCAUCUUCUACUUGAUUGUUUUGUUAUUAUAUUCAGAAGACAGACCUUAAUGCAAAUAUUUAUAUUUUUAGCUCCCCUUGAAGCUACCCUUAGAUUAGAUAGUUUGAUUAAAUGCUUUAUUAUUUUGUUGAUUCGAUUUACGUUAUUUUUCAUAUUUUUUAAUUUCUUAUUUGAAAAUUCAGUUAAUUAUUACAUAGUACAUAAAUCAAGCGUUACAUUUCAGCCAUGCAAGAUUAUUAAGAUUACAAAAUUAUUAAUUGAUAAGUUCUAGAGACUAUUGUCAUUAAUUGAUCUCUCUGAUAAUUUAACAUUUUUUUAACUAAACAACUUCCGCAUCGCAUCAAAACAUAAAUUGUAACUUUGGCCAAUGAAGCAGUAAUGUUGCAUAUGAAAAAAACCGUUCAUAAAAAGUUUUUGAUUAGAUUUAACAGUAUUAUGUCUUCUAGUUUCAAUAAGUUAAAGAUUUUUUGUCAAUGGAGGAUUAAGUUGUGAUACAUUCAUUUUAAAGCCUAUAACUAUUCUUUAUUUUUAAUAAAUUUUUCAUAAAAUUUAAAAAAAAUACAAGCUGCAUCACUGAACAGUCGUUAUGAGAUGAGUAUCAGAUUUUAAAUUAUUAUAUAUGAAACAUUUUGAUUUAUCAAUUAAGCUAUUAUUUUUUGUUAAAGAAGGCAACUAUGUGUAGUCAUUUGAAUUGUUGAAUUAUAGUUCUCCAAACUAUGUAAGCCAUAAAUUGUAAUUUGCUUAUUUAUGUAAAGUACAUUGAAUUUGGGAAUUAAUAAGCCACCAUGUUCCCUGAUUUUAUCUAAACUUCGACUAUAAUAUAAUGCAUGAAAGUUAUAGUCAAAAUUAAACUGAAAUAAUUUAUUUAAAAGGUGUUCUGCAGACCAGAGCUGAGAAUGACUGCAACUGUUGUUGUUGUGGGAUCUUGUAUGACUGAUCUGAUCAGUUACGUCCCAGUUCUACCAAAGGGCGGAGAAACUGUCCAUGGAACUAAGUUCAUGGUGGGUUUUGGCGGGAAAGGAGCCAACCAAGCUGUAAUGGCUGCAAAACUAGGUGCAAAGACGGCUCUUGUAGCCAAGUUGGGUACAGACACAUUCGGAGAUAAUUACAUAGAGAAUUUGAAGAAUGUCGGAGUAGACAUCACCCACGUUGGGAGGGUGGAGUAUGCAGCUUCUGGUGUGGCUACCAUUACAGUGGACAAUCAGGCUGAGAACUGUAUUGUUAUAGUCGGAGGAGCAAACAACGAGCUUGAUGACGAGGCUGUUAAUCAAGCCAAGAGUCUUCUGGCAAGCAGCAAAGUUGUGGUGUUCCAACAGGAAAUACCUUUAUCCACCAACUUGACUGCUCUGAAGCUUAUCAAGAGUUUAAACAAGGACAUUACCACUAUCUACAACGCUGCCCCGGCAACUGAUAGCCUCCCUGACGAACUGUACAAGCUAGUUGAUAUCUUCUGUGUUAACGAAUCUGAGGCAGAGAAGCUCCUUGGAUUAGAUUCUGUUAACUCAGUGGAAGAGGCUUCUAAUGCAGCGGGUCUGUUAAGAAAGAAAGGUUGCAAGAUGGGAAUGGUAACUCUUGGAGCCAAUGGUGUGAUUUAUCAAGACGGCUCUGGUGAAAAUGUCCAUGUUCCCUGUCCGAAGGUUAAAGCUGUUGAUACCACUGGUGCUGGGGAUGCUUUUAUCGGAUCACUUGCUUGUCUGUUGGCUGACGAGUCGUUAAAAGGAAGGUCAUUUCAAAGGAAGGUUGAUUUUGCUUGUAGUGUUGCUUCUCAGAGUGUCACUAAGCUAGGUACUCAGAGUUCUUAUCCUACUUCAUACUAACUUCAAGCUUAUCCUACUUCAUACUAACAGUGCUUCAAGCUUAUCCUACUUCAUACUAACAGUGCUUCAAGCUUAUCCUACUUCAUACUAACAGUGCUUCAAGCUUAUCCUACUUCAUACUAACUUACUAACAGUGCUUCAAGCUUAUCCUACUUCAUACUAACAGUGCUCUAAGCUUAUCCUACUUCAUACUAACUUACUAACAGUGCUUUAAGCUUAUCCUACUUCAUACUAACAGUGCUCUAAGCUUAUCCUACUUCAUACUAACAGUGCUUCAAGCUUAUCCUACUUCAUACUAACAGUACUUUAAGCUUAUCCUACUUCAUACUAAGUUCAGUGCUCUAAGCUUAUCCUACUUCAUACUAACAGUACUUCAAGCUUAUCCUACUUCAUACUAACAGUACUUCAAGCUUAUCCUACUUCAUACUAACAUAGCUUCAAGCUUAUCCUACUUCAUACUAACAUUGCUUCAAGCUUAUCCUACUUCAUACUAACAGUGCUUCAAGCUUAUCCUACUUCAUACUAACAGUGCUUCAAGCUUAUCCUACUUCAUACUAACAGUGCUUCAAGCUUUGAAAUUUGUGUAGCAAUUUACGAUAAUUUUGGGAAUAAAUUUGAUAUUUUGAUUUAGCAGCAGCUAAACAAUUAAUAUUAUAACUCAAUGAAGUUAUGACUGGAUUACUUAACAGUUCUGCAAUGCAUGAAGAUUUUUAUUUUUAAAUGUUUUAUUCAUACUAUCGCUCUUUAAAUUGCGAUUAAGUUCUGCAGGGGCAUAAAUCUACUUACAGAAUUUUAUUGUUUACGGUGCAAUGUUAUUGUUACUGUGAGGGGUUUUACUUAUUACUAUUUAAAGCAUGUUUUAUUGUGAUUUAUUGAUAAUGCUUGUGAUGUUG